GCAACAUGGCGGCGUCCAGGUGAAAGGGUGUGAGAGCAGUUGCUUAGCUGUCUAGGCGGCACCGGGGAAGGCUGGCGAUUGACGAAGCAGCUGGGAGGUGAACAUUUCUGGUGAGGAGAGAGAAAAGUGUACGCCACCUGAUUGGGGGCUGGGGGUAUGGAGGAUCGCAAACGGUGGCUUACUCCUUUCAGCUCCCUGUCUGCUCUGUCCUGACCAGCAUGUUCCGACUCAGACCGCGAAGGUGCAGUUUAUGGGUUGGGGAGUAUUACUAUGAAUAUCAAUCAUAAAGGUGUUUUGAAACUCACUAAAAUGGAGAAGAAGUUCUUAAGGAAACAGAGUAAAGCCAGGCAUGUGCUACUGAAACAUGAAGGCAUCCAGGCAGUGUCUUAUCCCACUCAGAGCCUGGUUGUUGCCAAUGGUGGUCUGGGUAAUGGUGUGAGUAGGAAACAACUGCUUUUGACUUUAGAGAAAUGUGGACCUGUGGAAGCUCUCCUCAUGCCACCUAAUAAACCAUAUGCAUUUGUAAUAUUCCAAACUAUUGAAGAAUCCAAGAAAGCUUAUUUUACCCUCAAUGGAAAAGAAAUCUUUGAUGAUUUGGGGCAGAAGAUCUUUCUGUACUUGAAUUUUGUUGAAAAAGCACAAUGGAAAAAAAUUGGACUUCAAGCCUUACCUCCAGGCCUUUUGGUCGUAGAAGAAAUUAUUUCUUCUGAGGAGGAGAAAAUGCUUUUGGAAAGUGUUAAUUGGACAGGAGAUAUAGGCAAUCAGAAUUUUCAAAGGUCCUUAAAACACAGAAGAGUAAAACAUUUUGGUUAUGAAUUUCACUAUGAGAACAACACUGUGGAUAAAGAUAAGCCCUUACCUGGGGGUCUUCCUGAGAUUUGCAGUAGCAUUUUGGAGAAGUUGUUGAAAGAAGGUUAUAUUAAACAUAAACCAGACCAGUUGACCAUAAAUCAAUAUGAACCUGGGCAUGGAAUUCCUGCCCAUAUUGACACACAUUCUGCAUUUGAAGAUGAGAUUAUUUCUCUCAGUUUGGGGUCAGCGAUUGUUAUGGAUUUCAAGCACCCUGAGGGUGUCACAGUACAAGUUAUGUUACCUCGUCGGAGUUUGCUGGUGAUGACAGGAGAAUCUAGAUACCUUUGGACUCAUGGAAUUACACCUCGAAAAUUUGAUACCGUCCAAGCGUCUGAGCAAUUUAAAGGUGGAAUAAUCACCAGUGACAUUGGAGACUUGACUUUAAGCAAGAGGGGAAUGCGAACAUCCUUUACGUUUAGAAAAGUGAGGCGAAUGCCCUGUAAUUGUAGUUACUCCUCAGUCUGCGACCAACAAAGGAAGUCUGCACCUCCAUCCCUUCCAGAGAGCAGUAAAGCAGCAUUGGAGUUAGAGCAAAAGCAUGUCCAUCAUGUGUACAAUGAGAUUGCAAGUCACUUCAGCAGCACAAGACAUAGCCCAUGGCCAUGCGUAGUAGAGUUCCUGAAAGCUUUACCAAGUGGUUCCAUAGUGGCAGAUAUUGGAUGUGGAAAUGGAAAAUACCUUGGCAUCAACAAGGAGUUAUAUAUGAUUGGAUGUGAUCGUAGCCAGAACCUUGUGGACAUUUGUAGAGAGAGGCAGUUCCAGGCCUUAGUCUGCGAUGCACUGGCUGUUCCUGUCAGAAGUGGGUCUUGUGAUGCUUGCAUCUCUAUUGCUGUCAUUCACCACUUUGCAACUGCAGAGCGUAGAGUGGAAGCUCUCCAAGAACUUGCCCGUCUCCUGAGACCUGGUGGGCAGGCCCUCAUUUAUGUCUGGGCAAUGGAACAAGAGUAUAAAAAUCAGAAGUCCAAGUAUCUCAGAGGAAAGAGAAUUAGCCAAGGAGAUAAAGAUGAGCUAAACAGUGCCACAUCCACGGAAGAAUUUCUAGUAAAUCAAACGCCUGAGGGGGUCAGUAAAGACCCAGCAUUGUCUGUCCACUCCAGUAGUAACACCAAGGAAGAAGAGUAUAAGUCAAAGAAAGUUCCUAAUUCUGAACUCCCUAUUCAUAUAAAUAGGACGUGUUUUCAUUCCCAAGAUGUGCUGGUUCCCUGGCACCUCAAAGGAAAUCCUGGUAAAGACAAAGCUGUUGAACCAUCUGGAGUAGCAGGAUGUCCUGACCCAAGUUCUGUGUUUCAUCGUUAUUACCAUAUUUUCUGUGAUGGAGAAUUGGAAGCUUCCUGCCAGGCUGUGGGUGAUGUUAGCAUUCUGCAGAGCUAUUAUGAUCAAGGGAAUUGGUGUGUUAUUCUUCAAAAGGUCUGAUUAUUUAUCUAUACAUAUCAUGUGUAAAGAAAAAAAAUGCCAAUCUGUUUUUGAAAAGGAAACUAAAUUAUCUCUUUAAAUAAUGAGGAAAUUUGGGUAAUGUUAACAAAGGAGAACUGAGAACAGAGAUACUUAGGAAACAUUUUUGUCUAUUCCCAUUGUCUGACUUCAUAAAUGUAGGUUCCUCUUAUAUGUCUUUUAAGUAUGGUGUUUGACAUUAACUUGUGAAAAGUCUGUGAUGUUUGUUUAUAUAUAGCAUUUGAAGAUAAGCUUUUGUGUUAAAAUCUUUUUAUAACUCCUAACAUUUGUAGGGUCGUAAUGAAGCAAUUAUGUGAUUUUUUUAAUGAAGAGGAUACUCCUGGACAAAAAGAAAGUACCUGAAGUUUUAUCUGAAAUUGUUCAAAAAAAAAAAAUCAUACUUUCUCACUGCUGUUCUUGCUAUUACAUUCUGGAUGCCUGCCCAGAAAUACUUUAGCUAGAAGAUUCUCAGAAAUUAAUAGAAAUUUAAUUCAACAGAUACUCAUUAAACACACACCCUAUACUAAGUAGUAUUAAAUACUAGGAAUGGAGUUGUAAAUAAGUAAAAGAGGUUGGGGUGUAGAUGAAUUGAAGAACCUAUGUUUGUCAUUGAAGCUCUGGAUUUAGUACCGAUUACCACAAACAGAGACAAACCAGCAGAAAACAAGAACGAAGCACCUAGAGAGCUUACCUUCAAGAAGGAAUGGCUGAUAAAAGCAAACAAAUAAGUAAAUAUGGUGUGUGUGGUGAUCAUAAAUGCCAUGUAAAGAGUACAGAAGGGAUAUUAGUCUAUGAAAAAAAGAUUACUUUUCAAUGGCUAAAAUAACUACUAAUCCCGACUAACUUAUUAGCAGAAGUUACUAUUCCUGAUCCAUUGAUCUAAGCUCUAAAGAUAACUCUAAUAUUUCCCUUUAAUACUUAAAUUGCAAAAGAUAAAAUGUUUUCAGUGAAACCAAACAUUCAUUGUUCUUGCAGUCACAAUUGGCUGUUUCUUACUCACAGUUUGUCUCAAUUCAGGACAGGGGUUGCAUUUUUAUCUAGUCAGUGAAACCAAAAGCAUGUUCUUGGAAAGUAUUAGUAAAAUUGAUGAAUAUCUACCCAGAAUGAGUUGACCAGGGGGAAAUUUUUGUGAUUUUUGUAAUUGCCUCAAUUAAAAAAAAAAAAUUAAAAGUAACAUGUAAAUGUUUUAAA